AUGGCGGCACUGCAACACUCCCGCCCUUUUCACGGCGCUUUCGCGACGGCGCGGGCGGUGCCGCUUUACGGCGGCGGCGGCGCGGGCGGUGUUGCUCUACGGCGGCGGCGGCGCGGGCGGUGUUGCUCUACGGCGGCGGCGGGAGAGGCCGCGGGACCUGCCGAGAUGAAACAGAAACGGAAAAAUGGGAAAGGGGGGCUCAGCCAGGCCGAGCUGAUGAUGAUGACGAUCGCCGACGUCAUCCAGCAGCUCAUCGAGGCCCACGAGCAGGGAAAAGAGGUGGAUCUCAACAAGCUGAAGACCAGGACGUCGGCCAAGUACGGGCUGUCGGCGCAGCCGCGCCUGGUCGAGAUCAUCGCGGCCGUCCCGCCCCGCUACCGCAGGGUCCUCGUGCCCAAGCUCAAGGCCAAGCCCAUCAGAACUGCCAGUGGGAUCGCGGUCGUGGCUGUGAUGUGCAAACCACACCGGUGCCCACACAUCAACUUCACGGGCAACAUCUGUGUGUACUGCCCAGGUGGACCCGACUCGGAUUUUGAAUAUUCAACACAGUCUUACACUGGAUAUGAGCCAACAUCCAUGAGGGCCAUCCGGGCCCGGUACGAUCCCUAUCUCCAGACACGCCACAGGGUGGAACAGCUGAAGCAGCUGGGCCACAGCGUGGACAAAGUGGAGUUCAUUGUGAUGGGUGGAACCUUCAUGGCUUUGCCUGAGGAAUACAGGGAUUAUUUCAUCAGGAACCUGCACGACGCCUUGUCGGGUCACACUUCCAACAACGUGGCAGAGGCCGUCAG